AAGGAAUACUAAUUUGACCUCCUUACCUACCUUCUUAUCCUUGUGUGUUUUUGCUAGAAGUCCAAUUAGAAAAAUUGUUGUUAUCACGACUUGUCUACCGAUGAAUGAUUGACAUCAUGUCAAUAUUGUACCCCUUGUGCUCUAUUAGUGGAUUAUAUCUUCAGUUUCUUUAUAUUCUGAUUUCUUCCAUCUUAUUUGGUGUACCAGUUAUUGCAACAACCACAUCUUCACAACUAGUGAAAGUGGAAGGAUCAUUGUCAGAUUUCUGUGAACAAUGGGUGGCUUUCAAAGAUCCACAAACUGGGCGCUGUCUCCCCUGCUCACCCUGCCCUGAAGAUCAUUUGACUGUGGCUAAAUGUGAAUUUGAUCGUGACACAUUAUGCAGGCCUCUGACAGAUUUAGCCGAGCACAUUGAAUCUGUUGUUCAUAGCAGCAGCAGUGUCACACUGACUAAGAAAAACAACACCAUAGUCAUUGUAGAGCAAAAUACGGUGUUUGAACAUCUGCUGGGAGGAAUAGAGUAUUCACCUGCCUUGGUGGUCAUCUUAUCUUUAGUUGUUUUUGGCUGUAUUUCAUACAUCCUAUUGCAGUCCUUGAAAAGGUGCAGAAGAAAUCAAAAGCAACAACAUGGACUUAAAGAUCCUCUUCAUGAAAGUCUGCUGGGCCAAGAAGAGCAGGAUGAAAAUGAUAAACCUGUUUUGGACAUGGACGAGAUGCUGGCGCAGCGUUUCGGACGAUCAUUAGUCACCAACGUUUACGUUCCCUAACUUUACUGGUAUUGUCGACUAAAUCAUCCAAAUUAUCCAUGUUUUGACCAUUGUCUAUAUGACCAUUGUUGGCAAAUGUACAGCAGUGCCUUCCUGUGAUGGGAUUCAGCCAAUAUAACCAGAUGAAUUGAU